AUGAAAGCUGAGAGCAAUGAAAGUCUUGACCUCCUAUCUGUCUUCCUGACUGGCAUUCCAGGAUUGGAGGCCCAACAUGGCUGGCUGUCCAUCCCCUUCUUCAUCAUGUACCUUGUAGCUAUUGUGGGCAACAGCCUAAUCAUGGCAGCAGUGCAAGCAGAUCCUGCCUUGCACGAGCCCAUGUACCUGUUUCUCUCCAUGUUGGCUGGCACUGAGGUGGGUGUCUCUGUGUCCACACUGCCUACUGUCAUGGGCAUUCUUUGGUUUGACACCCGCCGGGUUGACUUUGAUGGCUGCCUUGCCCAGAUGUUCUUCAUCCACACCUUCUCCUGCAUGGAGUCAGGGGUCCUGCUGGCUAUGAGUUAUGAUUGCUUUGUAGCCAUCUACAAUCCACUGCGCUACACAGCCAUCCUCACCCUGCCCCGUAUUGUCUGCAUUGGUCUGGUCAUUACAUUGAAGAGUGUGAUCCUCAGGGCUCCCCUUCCAGUCCUCUUGAGGUCACUGCCCUAUUGCCACACUAACAUCCUCUCCCACUCUUACUGCCUCCACCCAGACCUGAUCCAGCUGCCUUGUGCGGACACUAAGCUCAAUAGCAUCCUGGGUUUGGCCAUUGCCUUGGCCACUUAUGGACUGGACUCACUGCUGAUUGUGGUCUCCUAUAUGUUGAUUCUUUACAGAGUGCUGGGCAUUGCUUCUGGGGAGGGAUCGCGGAAGGCCCUCAACACGUGUGUGUCACACAUCUUUGCGGUACUUGUAUACUACGUGCCUUUGAUUGGCGUGUCUGUGAUGCAUCGUACUGCCAAGCAUGCCUCACCUCUGGCCCACACACUCAUGUCCAGCAUCUACCUCUUUGUCCCUCCUGUGCUCAAUCCCAUCAUCUACAGUGUCAAGACCAAACCAAUCCAACAGGGAAUUGUCACCUUGUUUUCCUGCAAGAGAGAAUGA